UGUAUGCGUUCAGCUGGAGUUGACUCGGAAUUUUCAAAGCAAUAUACUUGUAAAAAACAACUUCUGAUCUUAUCCAAUGCGAUGAUGGGCAGUUCAAAAAUAUCAGUUUUGGUUAUUAUCAUGUGCAUCGAAUGUUUAAUGUGUAAGAAAUGCCCAAACCAGGUAUGCACAUGUUACAACUCUAGUAAAUUAGCAAAAUGUUCGAGGCUUACAUACAUACCAACAUUUCCGGAUUAUAUCAAAUCUAUUCAUUUCCAAAACAAUAAAUUUCAUACUCUGACAAGACGUUUUCUUUCAAAUAUAACACGGUACUAUAUACAGUCGCUAUCUCUGGUUUCAAACUCAGUUCGUCAUAUUAAUGACGAUGCGUUUGUCGACUUAAAGUUUUUACACUCUUUAGAAAUAUCAAAAGAAAAAAGAUUGAAUAUCACAUAUUUCAAAAACGCAUUUAGUGGACGUGGGACAACAUUAGAAAAAAUUCGCCUAGAGGACAAUGGUUGGACAGUUAUUCCAGAUUAUGUUUUUACUUCUUCAGCACUAACAAACAUUACAGAAAUACAUCUUGGCAGAAACAGUUUUUCGAAUUUUUCAUUGAAAGGGAUAACCAGUCUCAAGAACUUGAAGACACUAGAUAUGUCAGAAGAUAAAAUAAUAAUAUUUAUCAUACCAACGAUCGUGAAUUUACGAAAAUUAAAUAUGAACAAUAACGAUAUUGUCCGACUUCCAAGCUUUUGCGUUAACAAUAGCGAUGCAAGUAAUGUUCCAAGACUUAGAUCAUUGCUGUUAAGCGAAAAUGCUUUAUCUAAUAUAGAUCCUAACACGUUCAGAUGUUUGCCGUCUCUAGAAACCCUGCAACUCAAUGGAAAUAGGUUGAAAGUUUUGUUGUCAUCGACGUUUGAUGCAAUGCACCAAUUGAAAAAAUUAUCCAUUGAAAAAAAUAGGUUUACAAAAAUAUACGGAAAAGCUUUUCAAAGCCUAUCCUUACACAGGCUGAAUAUUGGUUUUAAUAAUUUUCACUUUGAUCAUUUAACAGGAUUCGAUCUAGACAAUAUCUUUAGACAUACUCCUAAGCUGGAAUACCUUGACUUAACAAACAACUUUUUAACAUCAUCAAAAAAAUUACAUAGAAUGUUUAAUCCACUAGAAAAUCUUACCGAUUUGAAUCUGCACUCCACUCGUCUAACAUGGAUACCACAUAAAGUUUUCCAAUCACUGCGAUCGCUAAAACGGUUGACUCUGCAAGGAAAUUCUUUGUCCUCCUGGAAUGACAGGCUAUUUGAAACGAUGAAAAAUUUAAAGCACUUAAAUCUUCAAGGCAACUAUAUCAACCUUAUCAACGAAUCAUCGUUUCCAGACGGAAUGUUAAACAGACUUGAAACACUUGAUCUAUCAAAUAAUCAUUUUGCAUGUACAUGUCAUCUUAUGUGGUUUCGAAAUUGGCUCAGAUAUAAAAAUCAUAGUUUACCAAAACUCAUAAACUUUCCAGAUAAAUAUAAAUGUAUUUAUCCAGAAAAAAUGCAUGGAAUACUCUUAAAAGAUUAUAAUCCAACGAAGGAAAGUUGUACACCCUGGAACCCUUUAUUCACAAUUGCAAUUACUUUAGCAUCUUUCGCUGUCUUAUGUCUUGCUCUAUUACUAACUGCAUACAAAUGCCAUUCCAAUAUCAGAAACUACUGCUACUUGUUUCGACUGCACACACUUAAGCGCAAAGGCUAUAUUCAAUUAAAUAGCAGCGAAGACUACGAGUACCAUGCAUUUGUAGUAUAUUGUGAUGAAGAUAGGGAGUGGGUUCAUAAUAUUUUCUUACCAAAACUUGAAGACGAAGGUUUCAAACUUUGUAUCCAUUUCCGAGACUUUGAUGUUGGGGUCUCAAAAACUGAAAAUGUUGAUACUUAUCUAAAGAAAUGUUGGAAAAUUGUAGUUAUUAUGAGUAAUGAAUUUGCAAAGAGUGAAUGGUGUCAGUGGGAGUUAGAAUUUUCACAAGACCGCAGACGCAGGCAAGGAAGAAACGCUUUUCUACCAAUUAUGCUGAAAACCAUUAAUUCAAAUCACAUGAUAUGUCCAAUCAGAACAUUGCUGAAAACAACUCCAUAUGUAACAUAUCAAACUGGAGUAGGGGAAGAUUUAUUUUGGAAAGCUGUUAUUGAAGGCAUACAUAAACCUCUAGGCCAUCCACUGGUUGCAAUAUGAGAGACUGUGUUCUUUACAUUUCGAAAACGUCAAAUUUUUGUUUCGUUUUUUUAUGGUAAUUAUUCUCUUUAAAUUAGUGAAACGUUGUUCAUGUCUUUGGUAACUAAACAGUUUGAAGUCAUAAAUCUGCUUGAGGCUUGAAAUGUAAACAGAAUUUGUUUUUAAGUUUUUUUGUACGUUUCAAAAUGAAUUAAAUUUGACAAAAAAAAAAUAUUUUCAAUUAAAAGGUUGAGGUUUUUGUAUAGUAUUGAAAAAAAUUAUAUAUCCCCGUUGAAAAUACCCAAUAAUCUGCCGAGUAUGUAAUUAAAAAAACGCUAUUUCGUAUCACAUUGAAGGAUAGGCCGACUAAAUUAAUGCACUUUUCGUAUCAUUUACAUUUUUUCUUGAAAUGUCCUGUACCAAGUCAGGAAUAUGGCAGUUGUUAUUACAUAGUCCGUUUCUAUGUAUGUUGGCGUUUGUUUUUUUGUUUCUGUUGUUCCGUUUUGUUUCCUCUUAUAGUUGAUUGUUUCCCUCAGUUCUGGUUUGUGGGAUUUGUUUCAGUUAAAUCGAUUUAUGACUAUUGAACAGCGGUAUACUACUAUUGGCUUUAUUUACUAAUAUCAAAUUCUGUUUUGUGUGAUAAGUAAAGUAUAUCUUCUUGCGGAAACAGAAAGCAGAUUUUUCAAUAUUUUUGUUUUGUUGAACUUAUCAAGAAGAUGAAAAAAACUGCAUUUUUUACUGUGAAAGGAAACCUAAAACUAAAUGUCAUACAAAUACUAGAAUACUAUGGUAAACGCUUACAAUAUAUCCUAAACUAAUUGACCAGAUACGAUAUCUACCAGCAAAUUUAUGUCAGUUCUCACCAAUGGACAAGUGUCUAUGCUAUAUCUCAUGUGGUUUUAAUUUUCUGAUUCAAACUAGUUUUUUUUCCCGAUUCUAUUGAAACAUUUUAGACUAGCUAUUAAAUCCGUUCAAAAUGUAUACUGAUGCGACUGUUUCACUUACAUAUUUGUUUGUUUGUAUCUAAACAUAUGAUCUCCUUUAUUUUAAAAACAUGGUCUUUGAGCUUACUUGUACUUGCGUUUCAGUGAAUAAAAUGUUUUUUCGAUGUCAACAUUUCUUGCCAUUAUUUUUACGCAUCUUAAUUUGCGAGAGAAGUGUCAUGUACCUGAAAACAUGAAGCAUUUAGAGUAAAAUUUUGCGUCCGAUAGCCAGCAAUCUUUGUUUAAAUAAAAUUGAAAUGAUUGUUUUAACGUCGCUUCCUAUACUUCACAUUGAAUCUAAAGCCAACAUUCCGAUCGAAAGUUAAAAAAUAUGCUUGAUCUAAUGACACAACAAUUGAAUCAAAUCUUAUAU